AUGGCUGAGGCUGAAAUUAUGAGGCGUGGUCUACAAGCCAAUGAGUUGAUGGUCAUACAGCCACCACGCAGUGGAUACAGCGUACCAUAUCUAAGGGAUUCGGCAGGGUUGGGGCAAGCCAUUGCCUUCAUUCGGCCAAUACAAACUAACUUAGGCAUGGAACCUGAACCACUUAUGGACAGUUCUGAGGUACUGUGAACGCUUAACAAAAUUCAUAAAACAUUUUUGCAAUUGUUUCUAUCAGAAAUCCUUAAUCUCAUAUCCCCAACCUUAAAACCAUUGUAAGCACCCCUUGAGCAAAACAUUGUAAGCAUGGCUUGAGCAAAAACAUUGCACCUAUCCCCCCGCCACACACUUUUUUCUCCUUAGGUUGUUUUUUAUGACACAACAUUAUAUAUGUAUAAUUCAAAUUUUGAUACAAUAUACAGGUAUCAGUUGAAAGCCAACAUUUACAUGGAGAGAAUUUAUAAGGAGGGUCUUUUACAAACGAUUAAUAUCACUGUUCUAAAGUACACGAAGUAAGUCAGUUUUUAGAUUUUUAAAGUAUACAAAUAUAUAUUUUAGGAUACUGGUUCUGUUCCUUUGGUAAAGUGUAUGAAUUGUGAGGUUGAAGUAUUGAUUACUGAGAUCAGGGAACAUCAGCAAAUUUGUUGCAGAGAUGAUGAACU